GAAGAAGAUAUGGCUGAAUUGAAUUAUCAUUGAUCUGCAAUCAUGUACAUAUACAGUAGGUGAACGUGUCCUACACGUUUGUCUCUCCUAUAAGCAAGCUAUCAGCUAUAACUACCAACUACAAUCUAGGAAUACAAAAGGUAACUGUUAUAUAAAGAAUAUCUCUACUUUAUAUACAAGAUAAGUUAGAUUAUUUUCCUAACAAGGUCAAUACUCAUGAAAUGCUACACCACAGAAAACUCCACCUGGUACUUAAUCUAGAUCGCACCCUGCUGGAUCACGCGCAACUCAGUGAUCUGACCCCUGAAGAAGAAGAAUAUGUAAAGACUUUAACGAUGGAUCAUCCUCUGCCUUUGCAAGAUGUUCUCAAAGUGCAAGAUUGUCCCAAAAUGAAGCCUAUAAUUUUCAAGCUUAGGCCCUUUGCGAGAGCCUUUCUGAAGGAAGCCAGUGACAUGUUUGAAAUUUAUGCAUACUCAAAUGCUUCUCGAUAUCUUGUGUGGAAAAUGGUUGAGCUACUCGAUCCUACAAAUGAGUACUUUGGUCAUAGAGUGAUAUCGCGUGAGGAUUUCAUUAGCACCUUUGCUGGAAAGAAGUGUCUUGAUCUUGUGCUUGCCCAAGAGUCUACUGUUCUGAUCCUUGAUCAUAAGAAAGAGACAUGGACGGAGCAAAAUCAAAAUAAUAUAGUACUAACGCAGAAGUAUCAGUUCUUUAAAGGAAGGAGUGAACAAAACAGUGAGUUCAAGUCCCAUUGUGAGUUGAAAACUGAUGAGGGGGCGUAUCUUGCAGUCAUCCUUCAACAUCUUAAGCUAAUUCACAGCAGCUUCUUUGAUGAUCAAGUGAUGUGUGACAACCUUAUUGAAAGAGAUGUGAGGAAGGUGUUGAAAAAUCUUCGGCAACAGAAGCUGGCAGAGCAGUUGGGAACUACUUGUGAUGAACAAAUGGAUCUAUCGACCACACAGGUGGCUGGGGCUCACGUUGGACUACCUGCUCGUUCAUUGCAAAUGGAUUUUCCUGCUCGCUCACAGGAGGUUGCAAGUAAUUAUGAGAUGGCAAAAAGGCGUAACUUAACGAUUGAUCAUGGGGGAACAACAAGCAGCACAGAUCAUCAGGAGAUCGGGGUUGUUUCUGCUUCUUCUUUGUGUGAUUAUUGUGCCAACUUUGCUGACAGAUACGGUUUUCUACACGAGGGGCUCUUAACCACCCUAAGUGCUGAACACAUUUACCGUUUGCACAAGCACAACACACAGAAAAUGCUAGUCCACAAAAAACUCCACCUGGUAAUUAAUCUGGAUCACACCUUUCUGAGUCACACAAGGCUCAGUGAUCUGACCCCAGAAGAAGCAGAAUAUUUAAAGGUCCAAGAAGAUUCCCAAGAUAUUUUCACAGUGCGAGUUCCUCCAAAAAUGAAACCUAUUAUUAUCAAGUUCAGGCCCUUUCUGAGAACCUUUCUGAAGGAAGCCAGUGACUUUUUCGAAAUUUAUGCAUAUGCAAAUGCUCCUCGAUCUCUUGUGUGGAAAAUUGUUGAGCUGCUCGAUCCUAGAAAUGAGUACUUCGGUCGUAGAGUGAUAUCGCGUGAGAACUUUUGUAGCACCCACCGAGGAAAGAAGUCUCUUGAUCUUGUGCUUGGCCAAAAGUCUGCUGUUUUGGUGGUUGAUGAUGAAGAAGACGGAUGGCAGGAGAAAAAUCGAAAUAAUGUAAUGCUACUGGGACAGUAUUGUUUCUUCAAAAAGACGAGUGGCAAGAAGAGAAAACGGAAGUCCCUUUGUGAGUUGAAAUCUGAUGAACGGGCUGCUUCUCUUGCAUCUCUUCUUAAACAGCUUAAGCGAAUACACAACAGGUUCUUUAAUGAUGAAAUAAUGUGUGACAACCUUUUCGACAGAGAUGUGAGGGUGCUGUUAAAAGUUGAGUGGGACUCUAAUAUUGACGAUAGCCUUCAGUUUUGGAGGAAGGCAGUAUCAAAUUGUAUGCGAAAAAAAAUUGUGGCGUCCUUUAAUUAUCAACCGAAGAAUCUGGCGGAGCAGUCAUCCAGAGCUACUUGUGUUGAGGAACAAGUGGAUGAUCCAUCGUCAUUGGAGGUUGCAGAAGCAGCUCAUGUUGGAAAGUCACCUGCUCGUUCGUUCCAUCUGAGUUGGAUUGACAUAUCAAUCCGUUUGUGGCAGAAGAGUAAUGUAGAAAAGAACCCAGUUAUGAUUGAGGAUAGCGAAUUUACCUGCAGCUCAUGUGGUUGCAGCUCAUAUGUGAACACCCCGGAAUCCCUUUGUCGAUCCCUUUAUAGCAGAGACGAGUGA